AACUAACCCAAACUAGCUCAAACCCGAUGAUCCUGGCCAUUGGCGUCCAACGAAAAGGUUACACACCUAGGGCGCUCCACCCAGCCGAGGGUUCCUGUACACAUCAAAUUCCCUCUUCGUAUAGCUCAAAAAAAAAAAAUCCCUCUUCGUAGUCUGGAGGCGGGAGAUUCGGAAGCCAUGGCGGAGGAGCAGUUCCUGGCCGCAGCGGUGGACGCCGCCAAGAGCGCCGGCGAGAUUAUCCGCAAGAGCUUUUACCUAACCAAGAAUGUGGAGCACAAGGGCCAGGUGGAUCUGGUGACGGAGACGGACAAGGCCUGCGAGGAUCUCAUCUUCAACCACCUCCGGAUGCUCUACCCGGACCACAAGUUCAUCGGCGAGGAGACGUCUGCAGCCCUCGGCUCCACCGAUGACCUCACCUACGACCCCACCUGGAUAGUCGACCCUCUCGAUGGCACCACCAAUUUCGUUCAUGGCUUUCCUUUUGUGUGCGUCUCGAUUGGCCUCACCAUUGGGAAGAUUCCCACCGUUGGAGUUGUGUACAACCCCAUCAUGAAUGAGCUUUUCACAGCUGUUCGUGGAAAAGGUGCUUUUCUCAAUGGUUCUCCAAUUAAAACAUCGCCUCAAAAUGAGUUGGUGAAGGCUCUUAUGGUGACAGAGUGGGACCAAGAUCUUGUUCAACAAGUAUUCAAUGCUGAUGUUGGCCCUCAUAUUCUGAGUAUUCCAAUUAAGGACGGAUUUGAUGAUCUUCCAGCUUGGCAUCCCGAUCCGAAAGGUCAAACAUCAACUUGCACUGUAGCAGAUCGGACAACAAGCACUGCAAUGGUUUGGACCAAGCUUUAGAGUUUGAGAAUGCCUAGGAAAAUCAUCAUGUUCCUUUGGAGAUUGAGUCACGACACCCUUCCUGUCCGGUUAAAUCUUAAACGUCGUGGAAUUGACCUGGAUACCAUUUGCCUGAUGUGCAAACACCUCGACGAGGAUGGUGGCCAUGCCUUCCUCAAAUGUAAAUUUGCGAAGGCCGUUUGGCGUGAAGCUAACCAAGAGCAUGUAAGGGGAUUGGUGCUCAGUUGCACUGAUGCAAAACAAUCAGUCGAAGUUCUGCUAUGCUUGGAGAAUGUGACAUCCAUGUUCUGCAUUUGUUUGAUGUGGAAUUUGUGGAAUGCUAGAAAUGCUGUCAAUAAUGGUGAUAGGUGCCCUUCAGCAGCGGCGGUCGUAUCCUGUAGUGCUGUACAGGUUACAGAAUUUUCUGAACACCUUCGUAUACCUUCAUGUUCGGUUGUAGCGCCUGCUGAGCGCUGGUCUAAGCCUCCUGAUGAUUUCCUAAAGAUGAACA